AUGUCCCACGGCCCGCGGACACCGACAACCCUUCGGCCCCGUUCAAUCCUCCGCGUGCUGUGUUCCCAGUCGGCACUUGCUAUGAUAUGUCUUGACUGUCGUGCAUCGCUCACCCAUUACUCCCCUGUCAUAGGCCUUUUGGAAACGGGUUGUGACGAUGAGGAGGAAGGAUGUGAUCUGUGA